UGUGGACGCCAUUUAGGAUGGAUGUUUGAACCUCUGAGCUCAGCAAACAUUGAACGUAUUUAUCCUUCAUCAGAUGGCUUCUACGCUCUCAUUUUAGAUAACUUGAUCAGUGAAUUUUAUUCAGAUUCGCUUUUAAUUAAGCCAAAGGUGACUUUUCGGUGACCUGAAGUUGAAUAACUGGUUUUUCUGAACCAAACUGAACUCAACAUGAGCUCUCUCGAAACUGAGGUUAAUGAAAACAUUGACAUCUCUGAUGCCCUCAUCAACGAGGCUGCCAGACUAGAGAAUGAGUACCGUAUUAUCGAGGAAGUAGAGACUCCGGGAAUACAUCCUAAUGCAAGCUUCGAAGAUGGAGAAAAUCCAGAGGUUAGAAAGGCAAAUUCAAUUCAGGAAACGUCAAGCUCUCCGGUUGAAGAACCAGUAAAGACACCAUCUUUAAGUCAAAGUUCUCCAUCAAAAAAUCCUGAAAGUAACUAUGUGAAAAAAGAGGCAAAUUCAACCCCUGAGAAGAGGAAAGCUGAAAAUAGUAGUUUGAAGCGUCAACCAACAGACGAUUUGCUGGAUACUCUUCGACCGCAGCCGCCUGAAGCCAAGCAGUUGAAAAAAAGUUUUAAAAUCCCAAAACUUUCAAAGAAGAAUGCAAUAGCCAUCAACAAACCUUCCGGUAGUCUGACUGAAGAGCAAUCUCAAUUCUUAGCAGCAUUGGAGCGAGACUUUUCGCAUCGAUACACUGAUCAAGAUGAAGAUUACGUCAAAGCUGCAAACAGUAAGGUUCCACCACCAAUAAUCGAAGACUUCUUUUGCCCACCUAGGCGGAAAUUUAACCGUCCCGAAGGUUCCUCCCACUAUGAUAGAAAUAAUCGGAAUUCUAGUCCCUAUGGUCAUCAUCCAAGGCAUUAUCAACAUAAGUAUUCCAGAGACUAUUCUAAUAGCAGGGAUUAUCCUAGCCGCAGGGAUUAUCCGAGUAAUAGGGAUCAUCGUAAUAGAGAAUAUCCAGAUAGGGACAACCCAAAUUACAGGGAAAAUUCUGGCAGCAGGGAAGAUCACAACAGUAGGUACCAGCACCAACGUCAUCAACAAAGAUUUCAGCCCUACUAAAAUUGUAUUACCUGUUCAUGCAUACGGUUAUGAGUCUAUCUUUUCUCAGAAUGGAGUUUAUCUAAUUCUAGCUUUUUUCUUCCUUUUUUGUGGUUCAGUAAAGUGCUGAAAAAUAUCCCCCUUUACUUUUUAGCUCUCCCUUAUUUUGUUAACCAUGGUGAUAAGAAGCUAUGAGAUGAUCUGUCUUCGUGUAUAUUUUGGAUCUAUAACCCCUGUGGCAUGAAUUUUGUCCAGUUGAGGAUUUUUGAGGCAUAUGGUGGGCAGUGAUUAGCAAACAAUAAUCAAAUGACGCGGAUUUGGAAGGUAGAUAGUCAGUUUCAAGUUGCAUUCCUUCGCAAGCCUCAGUGUCAAUAACAAAUUUGAAUUCAUAUUUUUCCGUGUGUCAACAGAAGUCAGAAAACCAAAACUUGAGAAUUUUCUAGGCUCUUUUUUAGCCAUUUAAAAAAAAAUUUCUAGGAAGAGGCUCAAAGUCAAAACCUUUGUAGUUCAAUAUAUCUGGAACAUCAUGCGGUAUGAAUAUCCUAUUAGCGCCUAAAAAUUGUCUAAGAUCGCGCACUCCAACAUAAUAAAAUAGACCAAUUCUCUAUUAAAGGUUAUAUGUUAUGUUUCUCUUCAUUUCUUGAGCUUGUUAAAAAAAAUUCAGACUCAUUUUACCAAUACUAAGUAUUUUUUGAUAAGAACAAGAACCAGAUGUUUUAACUUUUCGUCAGGUUUUAUGAAAGAGAAGUGAUCUGUCAGGAAGUCAUGAGAAAUCAAAAUUGACGUUGCCCAAGUGAAGGAGGAUAUCUUCAAAAAUCUGGCCCUUACUACCUAAAUCUUGGGGUGCUUACUGCUCUGAGACUUCUCAUUCCUUCAACCACCUCUCUCCAAUUGUGCCCCAGCAGCAAGCAUCUCUGCUUACGUUUGAAGCUUGUGGCGAGAGAAGGAAAAGAGGUUUCUGAUCAGUAAGCAAGACCAGAAUUGCCAAUAUUGUCCAAUACUUGUGGAACGUCGACUCCGAUCUCUCAUAACUUCUGAACAGAUUUUUUUCCCAGACCCAUUACCACUUUAGAUCAGCUGCAGUCAUCAAAAAA